AGUUGUUGACAUGUUGGCGGGCGUGCCGGCCAUAUCUUUCUCGUGUGUGGCCUAAGCUGAAGCGCUGUGGUGGUAACGAUAGAAAGCAUAAACAAAAGCAAACUGCUCUUCAUCAAGUGUGCUUCUGUCCAUCGCAAGUGUUGCGAGAAACGUGAAAAUGGCUUCCAACCAAGACACGCCUUGUGUCACGGUGCACCACGCAGCUUCCCGGGCCUAUAAGCGGCGUUUGGGGGAAAUGGAGAGGGAACUCCGCCUUGCUUGGCAACCGCAACCACGGAUAGUUGCUGACCGAGCGGAUGAUGUUGUGCCACACGAGCACGAAGCCGAUCCGGUGCCCAUGGAAGGGAUUGAUGCGCUACGAUCGGUGUGCCAAAACAGCGGAGAGGAAAACGACUCGGAUGAUAUGUAUGUCGAAGAGGCAACGUCAGAUGCUCCGUACGGGGACCUUUCGUUCGAGGAUGGGUUGAGGAUGUGGGCUUUGCAAAGUGGGCUACCUCAUCGCAGUUUGAACUAGUUGCUGGAUCAUUUGCGACAGCAUAAUCUCCAAGUGCCCCAAGAUGCACGGGCGUUCAUGAGCACACCAGCGCCCACAGCACCGGAAAUAGUGCUAACGUCAAUCGCAGGUGGGCAGCUGUGGUACCAGGGUAUUGAAAAAUGCCUGCUAUCAUAUUUUCGCAAAGUUCAGCCAAUUCAGGAAGGAUUUGAGUUGGACUUUUUUGAGGACGGCCUGCCACUGCGUAAAAGUAGUCGGUGCCAAUUUUGGCCGAUCCUCAUGAAGAUUAAUAACGAGCCGAAUACUCCGGUGAUGACAGUUGCGAUGUUUUGUGGCGAAUCACAACCGGUAUUCGUCGAAGAGUUUUUACGGCCGUUUGUGGAGGAAAUGAACAAGCUGAAUAGGUCAAAAGUGAUCAUAGGAGCUCGCGCUUACUGGGUGCUCCCGCGUUCGAUUAUAGCAGACGUUCCAGCGCGUGCAUUUAUUUCAGGUGUUGAACCGCGCAAUGCCAUUAGUGCCUGUAUGAAGUGCACAAUCGAAGGGGAAAUGGAACAAAACCAAAUAUUUUUCCGAUAUGAUGCAGAGCGCCAGUCACGAAAUCAUGAAGAUUUUUGCGAAGAUAAAUAAGCGACCCAUGUGAUAAAUCCUACGCCCCUUACUACAAUGGGUCGCUGUGUCAUCAUAUGCGAUUUGAUUGCGGCCGAAGAAGUGCAAUUUAUCUAUAAGGGUGUUGAGGUGAAAUUAAUGCAUUUGUGGAUGGAAGGGUUUCCUGGCGUACAGUGCAUGUUAACACCACAGCAACAACGUAAAGUGUCGGCGCACUUGCGACUGUUGAAGCUUCCUUCAGACUUUCAGCAUAAACUGCGCGACCUUCGGUACGUUCCCCUCUGGUAAGCUUCAGAGCAUAGAAUGUUUCUGUUGGUGGCCGGUUUCGUGGUUCUAAAGGGCCGACUUAACGAGGCAGCGUACCAACAUUUUAUGUUGUUGUUCUUGACUGUUACUUUCCUGUCCACCUCGUACCAUCGCGACAAAUUGGCAAUGGCUGAUGAUUUAUUGCAUAGGUUUGUGGAAGCUUAUGGAAACGUGUACAGCCUAGUACUAUUAGACAGCAACGUGCAUAAUUUGCUGCACAUUCAUGACGAUGUUUGCAGAUUCGAUGCGUUACAUACUUUAUCGGCUUCUGUUUUUCAAGCAUUCCUGCUCGACCUGAAAAAGUUGAUGCGUUCCGGGAGGUGUAACCUAGUGCAAGCGGUUCAUCGUGUGCUGGAACUGCAACAGGUGCAUUUUGCCAAGCCCGAAAGUAGCCCGGCAGAUGAGCAAUCAGUGCGCACGGUUGGUGCUGACACCAUAGCGACCGUACGGCGGGGCUUCAUUCUACGAAAAAAUGUUCGCGAGCAAUGGUGUAUGACCGACUUGGGCGAAGUGAUCAGGUACGAAUCGGCCACAAAAGCAGAAGGAACCGUCAUCGUGCAAGGGUACACUUUCUCCAAGCAAAUGAUUGCCUUUACAGAACCUUACCUCUCGACUGAGGCAAAUAUUUAUUCGGCUAACAUGGCCGAUUUGGAUACAGUCGCGCUGAAAUCUUUCUCCAGCAGUACUUUAAUGUGCAAAUUGGCUGCAGUGGAAAUGGAAAAUGAAGGGGAAUUCAUGUUUGUGCCGUUGCUGCAAACUUAUAUUGUUCACAAAUAAUAAGUAAGUACAACAUGUGCUUCUCCACAAUGCGCAAAGUUGUUUUGUUUCGGUUCAGGAAGGUAAAUAUUGAGUAGUAGCUAUGUUCGGUAUUUGGAGGGGAAUUUAUCAAAGUUUUGAUGAUGAUGCAGCUUUCCGCAACAGCUAAAAAACGCUUGAGAAGUCUAUAUCAGUUCUAUAUUGUUUUUUUUUUUGUGCAGACCUCCUGCAACUCGAAACAAAAAUUGACAAAACUAAUACAAGGUCCUUCACUUCCUUCAGCCGCUUUUCAACGCAUGAACUCACAAACCCACGCAGUCCUCAAUGUACCGCUUGUCGCUCAAUUUAUGUUCGAUGUCGUUGGGCUUCUCAUCCGACCGUAUGGGCUGCAUCAUUAAACCAAGUAAGAACUUUACUUUCCCGCCUCCGUAACUAAGGCAGUAUUCCUGAUCAUGGAAACCUCUUUCUGUACUGGUUCCGCUUCCGGUUCCGGUUCGCAAAACGAUUCCAAUAAAGCUGAUCGCGAUGGGAACGAUGGCUGGAUCCAGAGAUAAAGAAAAGAACGAUGGCUGGAUCGUAAGAUAAAUCUCUGGAAGUAAUAUGACCUCUGGUUGAUUUUCCUUUGGGUACGAGCUACACUGAAUAUCAGUAAUACAUCUAUAUUAAGUAUUUUUAAACGUUCAUUUAUUUCUGACACAUCAA